AUGAGAAGAGUUUUUAAGGGAAUCGUAAACGUGAAUGGUAUAAGGCCAUCUCUCAGGGUUGUGAGAAGUACUCACAACUUUGCUAAGACAUCAAUAACUAGUGGAUAUCAGGCUGGUCCUAAGUCCAGAAGGUAUGAUAUUAAGAAAGCGUCAGUUGCCACUGGUGCCACUGCGUUCACUGCGCUGUUGUCCUACUUUCUCUUUGAUCAAUCUGAGGGAGAUAUUUCAGCUAGUGAGCUGAGAAAACACAACACUGUCCAUGAUUGUUGGAUCGCUUUAAAUGGUGAAGUUUACGACGUCACUGCAUUUUUGCAAAUGCACCCUGGUGGAGUUGCAAGAUUAAUGGAAGUUGCUGGUGGUGAUGCUACUGAGAAGUUUUAUCAAAUUCACUCAGACUCAGUCUUUGAAAAGAUGAAGAACAACUUUAUUUAUAUUGGAAAGUUAAAGGGAAGCAUUGACAAAACUUAUACAGAUGAAGAGCUCAGGAUAAUAGAAAUGAAGCAAAAAAUACCUCCACUAUCGACUCUUUUUAGCUUAUCAGACUUUGAGAAUGUUGCUAAGCACGUAUUGCCAAAAUCGACCUUCAUGUAUUAUGCUACUGGUUCAUCUGAUGAAUUUUCUAUUAGGGAAAACCACUAUGCCUAUGGCAGGGUUUUCUUCAAACCAAAGAUGAUGCAGGACCGCACAGGAGAUUUAGAUCUCUCGACCGAGUUUUUAGGCACCAAGGUUGAUUUACCAUUUUACAUCACUGCAUUUGCUGGCUCUAAGCUUGCUCAUCCUUUGGGUGAGAUGAACCUUCAGGCAGCUUCGUAUGCCGCCAAUGUCAUGCAUAUGGUACCCAAGAUGAACUCUUACAGUAUUGAUGAAUUUUUCGAAGUUGUCCCAGAUGACCAGAACCAUUGGUAUCAAUAUCAUUUUGAUACACAAGAAGAGAUUGAUAACAUAGAGCAGCUAGUUAAAAAGGUCGAAAAGAUGCCAAGUGUUAAAGGAUUUUUUUUCAACGUCGAUCUGGACGAUAUUGGUAAUAGAGAGAAAGAUUCUAGACAAAGAGCUGCCGAAACUGUCGAGCCUGACGUAUUGAACAAGUUGGUUCCUGCAGAUUUUGGGGAGCAUCCUUACAUGAGUUGGAAGAUCAUUGACAGAAUACUUGCCACUACUGACCUCCCAGUUGGUUUGAAGGGUGUUCAGAGAGGUGAAGAUGUAGUUAUUGCCGCUGAGAAAGGAAUUAAAGCAGUCGUUUUGUCGAAUCAUGGGGGAAGGCAACUAGACUUUUCAAGACCUCCCCUUGAGGUCCUGGCAGAGGCAAGGGCUAUGCUAAAAGAAAAGAAUCUGGAGGACAGUAUCGAAAUUUACAUCGAUGGUGGUGUUCGCAGAGGUUCUGAUAUCAUUAAAGCACUCUGUUUGGGAGCCAAAGGCGUAGGCCUUGGCAGGCCAUUUUUGUACGCUAUGGCAGGUUACGGUGAGGAAGGUGUCAGCAAAUUAGUCAGUAUUCUUCAGCUUGAAAUUCAAAAUAAUAUGAGAUUACUUGGAGUGAGGAAGAUCGAUGAUUUGAAUGAAAGUUUCAUUGAUUGCAAGAAUCUGACACUGCGCAAUCCCAAAGCGGGAGAUUCUCUGUACGACGAAGCUUACCAACCGCUAAUAUUCCAGGAAUUCAAAUGA